GUUUGACCGAAUUAAUUACUAGUAGAGUAUUAUUUUUCUUUUGCGAAUGAGAGAAUAAAUUGCCUUUAACCACUAAUCUACUAUUAUUUCACGUUCCAAAAACAAUUUAUUUCGAUUCUAAAAAAAAUAUUUAUUUCACGUUCAGCAUGUGUAGCGGAGAGAGAGUGUGGUGCGAUCGCGAACUUUCUUGUGCCGCCACGUCUUGUCCGCCACCCCGUUUCAUCGGACGCGACGUCCAAAACCGGCGGCCCGCUCCCCGUUUCCCCUAGGCCGCUCCUCCGUUUCGCCGCCUGUUUCGCGUCUCCCAUCGCGUAUAAAAAUGGCAUCUCCCCGCAGAGAUCACCGACGAGACAACAGCCACUCGAGCAGUAAACCACGUGCGGCGCAGACGCAGAGAGAAAGAAAGCAAUCGAGGGCAGGAGCUAGGGGCUGCGAUGGCGUCGGCGGCGAGCAGGAAGGCGCCGUCGCUGGUGGUGGCGGCGACCGUGGGCGCCGUGGAGGCGCUCAAGGACCAGGCGGGCCUGUGCCGCUGGGGCUACCCGCUCCGCUCGCUCUACCGCCGCGCCGCCGCCGCGCCCAGGGUCCGCGCCCUGUCCGCCUCGCUCUCCGAUGCCGCCGCCGCUCCCCGGCCGGCGCCUUUGUCCGCGGAGGACGCGAAGCUGCGCAAGGCGCACCACCUCGUCUGCUGGGGGCCCAACUGAGCUCCUCUUCUCCGCUUCAUGUCUCCAUCGGCACAUGAGCAUACCUGAUGAAUGCCUGUGUCAAUGGUGAUUGUUUCGCCAGAGAAAGCAGAGACGUCAUUGCGUGCAGCGCCGGUGAACCGCUCCGGCCUCGGUGGAGGAGGACGGUUCAUCAACGCUAUGGCGCCUUUGCGUCUCUUCCUCCUCUUCGUCUUGCCCACUAGUAGUAUCUCGUUGCAUCUGGCUAGCCUAGCUUCCGUAGACGCAAGCUUUUGAGGCCGGGAGAUCACCCGUCUUGUUUUUGUACUAGUAGUAUGAUGAGGUGUGCGAGGCGAUUACGAUGGUUGUACUGCGGUGGAGAGGUGACCAGCGUUGUUGUACUACAGAUCGUACUAUGCUUGUGUUGUGUCGACUA